UCCAGCAUCAUUCCUGUGGAAACUAAGAUGGCGGACCGGCGUCGAAGGAGGAGGCGCGCGUCCCAGGACAGCGACGACGAUGACGACGAGUCCGCUUCAGGCUCGGAGAGUCGUGAGUCGGGCUCCCAGACGAGCAAGAGCCGAAGCGCCAGAGAGCCGGAACCGGUGGAAACCGUUUCCGUUCGCGUCGAGGCGAAGGAGGAAGCGCAGUCCGAGUGUGAAAGUGAAGAUGGAGUAGGAGAAGCCGUCCUCUCGGACUACGACAGCGCAGAUCCGGAGGAAAAUGCCUCCCACUCUGAGGGAGCGGAGGAGGAAGAGGACGCGGAUGGAUACAGUGAAGAAGAAGCUCAGGUGGCGGCUGCGGCAGCCGGCCACUCCACACUCGAUACUACGUCUGAACCGGCGCUGGGAGAGGAUGAAGGAGACAGCGAAGAGAGGAGUAAAGAGGAGGAGUCGGAGGAAAAAGGGAAGUCUGCAGGAGAGCGGCAGAGCGGCGACGGCCAGGAGUCGACCGUGGACCCGGAGACCAAAGCGGGAGGGCAAUCGGGCCAGCAGCUGGAUGACGACGAGGACCGCAAGAACCCGGCUUACAUCCCCAGGAAGGGGCUCUUCUUCGAGCAUGAUGUCAGAGGCCACACCCAGGAGGAGGAGAGGCCCAAAGGCCGGAACCGGAAGCUGUGGAAGGACGAAGGGCGCUGGGAGCACGACAAGUUCCGCGAGGAGGAACAAGCGCCCAAGAGUCGUGAGGAGCUCAUCGCCAGCUAUGGCUAUGACAUCCGCAACGGCGAACGGGGCUUCAUGCAUCGCCGACAACGGUCAUCGGUGUCCCCCAACCGAGAGCAGCGAUGGCGUGAGGGCGGAGAGCGACCAGUGCGCUCCUGGCAGAGCAAUCGGGGAGGAAGAGGCGGCGGUCCUGCCCGGGGCGCUCCGCCGCAUCACGCAUCUCCUGCCUCCGUCUCGCUUGCACCGGGCCAGCGCAGCAAUGCCUCUCGCGGCCGCCCCUCCCACUUCCCUUCACAGCAGCCCCAGUACGGCGUGAGCGAAUCGCACGCUCCUCAGCUUCACGCCAGAGAAAGAGCGGGUCCUAAAGCCCUGCCCGAGUCGCUGGCCGACAGGGGAGGACGCAGUGGUGGGGUGAAGGUGACCGAUGACCCCCCAGUUAGCCAGGAUUCCCGGCUCCCGAGUAGCGGGACGCCAUCCGUUCAGCACGCGCCGUAUCGGAGCACGUCGUCGAAAACACAGCCGCUGGAACAACGAGCGGGCCCCCCCUCCGCCCAACCGUCCCACGCGUCGCCAACCCCUCGGGAAGCUUCGCCUCCCGCUGAGCGACCCGUCGAGAGAAAGUCGUACUCGCUGGCCCGCAGGAGUCGCUCUCGGCCGACCGACCUGGGCAGCAAGCAGAGUUCGGUGGAGACGCCCGCAGCAGCGGGGGCGAAGAGCCCGACGGGGGCAGGGGGAGCCGUGGCUGAGAUAGACCAGGACGUGGCUCGGCUGAGUCUGGUGUCAGGACAGACGUGGAACCGGAGCCCUGCCUCCUACGUUCACGCGGAGAUAAGAGGCCUGAGCGGCGGCUUGCAUGUCCCCGGCGGGCCGUCGGCGUUCUCGGCUUUGGACGAGAUGUCGGGCAGCUCCAACCGAGCCAAGCGUUAUUCGUCCCAGAGGCAGAGGGGCGUUGCAGAGGCGCCACCGCUACACAUGGGUGUCAUGGAGAACCACUACUACGAGCCCAUAACCUACCAGGGACCAAUUUACACGCACAGCGACGGGCCGGCCCCCAUGGCGCCUCAAGGCAUGCUGGUCCAGCCCGAGAUGCACAUCCCCCAUCCGGGUCUCCAUCCCCACCAAUCAGGAGGCCCCCUCACAAACCCCGCACUCUACGGAGGCCCCCCUGUACCUCUAUCACCAGGGCAACCGCAGCAACUUCUGCCACCGCCGCCACCUUUCUACCCACCGCCAGGGGUCAUGACCUUCCCUUACCCCACCAUGUACCCGAGCCCUCAGGGUCAAACGCAGGUGACGUACGGGGGCGUGACCUAUUACGACACGAUGCAGCAGCAGGCGCAACCCAAACCUUCGCCGCCCCGCCGCACAUCCCAACCCGUGACCGUUAAGCCCCCCCCUCCCGAAGUGCCCUUUGCCUCCGAGUGACCCGCGCUGCCCCCUUCCGGACCGGGUGCACACAAAAGCAGUCCGACUGGAGCUUCAGUCCGUCUGGAUCGGCGAGUCAUGUGACCGUCAGCCCCUUCCAGCGUGUGUCUCCGGACGGCGGUGGCCUUCCCUUCCUCGGAAGUCAUGCGAUCGCGUUCCCCAAAUGGCCGUAAGCCUGCCUGUGAUGUUCCGGGCAAGAGUAAAAUUGUGGACAAAAUAGUUUGGAAGGUUCCGGUCCAUUUGAUUUUGUGGAAACAUGGCGAGGAAAAAAAAAAAGUCAAGAUGGCAAUGUAGUCAUUUGUUGUUUUUGUUUGUUGGUCACAGGAGAGUCUACACUUUAAUUUUGAACUGUUGCAACUGUAGUUGUUUCGUUUAUUUUUUCAUUUCCUUUCUGAAGUAUUUUUCUAUGUUUGUUGUAUUUUGUCUUUAAGCAGUGAAACGUGACCCCCAAUAAAACCACUUUUCACCAU